AUGACCCUAAGCUUGAUCCUAUGCAUGGUCGCUUCCUUUCUCACCAUCCCGCUGAUCUCUCUCCAGAGCUUGGUCGCCUGGCAGUAUAACAAGAUUGGGGGAUUUGGAGAACAGAAAACUGUCCUACACAAUAUCUGUACCUACUUUCUCCGACUGGAUCUUAUGCUGUGGCUCGCCGCGAGUGUCACGGGUUUGAUCGUGGCCGCCCAGCAAGUUGCUUGUCUUCCGGCCGGAACGGAUGCCAGCUACUGGAGAGUCGGUACCAGCUGUGUGUUCCAUCGAUCAUCGGUCAUUGUAUCCGUUGUUUCAUUGGUCACGGUCUGUACUAUGUAUUGCGCACGAGAGCUUUGUGAUCGCCCAUACGACGUAUCCAUCAUUGGAAUUUACAAGCGCUCCCAGGCCCUUCGCAACGGCAGCGUCUUCUCCGGCCAUAGCUGGGACAGCGACGAAACCCUCAAAAACGAGAUAUUGAAUCUUUGCCGCCAGCAUGACGGGAAAGCCAAUGAAGAACCUUGGUUCUUUGACCCCCUGGCCGAUAAGGUGAACUGCCAUCCCAGCAUCCGUCAUCCUGCGCCCGUUCGCCUGCGUCCACAGCUUCGAGUCAACACAAAUCCCGGCUCAGAAUACGGGGAAAUUGCAUCUGGAACGACGGUAUCACCUGAUGGCUCGUUGUCUCGCCUCUCCCCUGGUGGCCAAACAAUCGUGAGCGACUUCUAUCCGAUAUCACGUACUUCUACAGUCAUGACAUCGCAAACUGCCUGCGAAUCACGAACAUUUCUUUCCGAUUUCCCAGUCCCGAAGGUACCAGAAAUUCCAGCACAGUACACGACAAACCACAAGAGAGGAAAGUCGUCGUUAUCCUCAUUCAGACGAUUCCUUCCCAAGUCCUUCCCGCUCUCCUUGCCAUUGUCAUCCGAUCCUCAAAUUCUUGCCCUCGCCGAUCCAAACGCAGCAUCAGACGUGGAGAAGCAAGUCGUUACGCCAUCCCCAUCUAGCAAAAACCUCGCAGCGACUGCCGCAGAUGCGCCAGCCAACGAAAGUCAAAGCUCGCCAGCUUCCAACGCGACUCAAACUUCUCCCAAGACAGCGCAACCCACAAAAGCUAAACCAGAUGGCCACGCUCGUACAAUGACUAUGAACUCAGCCGAUGCCCCAGAGGUCGUUAUGUCGGCAGAGCCCAGGAAAGUUCGCCGAUCCCAGACCGCAAGCUUAGCUCAACCAACAAUGUCCAUCCACCACCCACACCAUCCUCACUACAUUCCUGGACCAUCAAUCCCUCCACCUCCACGAAAAUACUCCUCGUCAUGCCGCCAGAACUCCGCCGUGCCACCAUUACAUGUCGAGCCCUCACGCCGAGCAACGUCCCGCCAGCACCAAAAAUAUGCUGUCCAUUAUCCAGUCCGCAGUAGCUCUCACUCCUUCGACAAGCCUCAUAUGCCACGACAUACCCAGAGCCAGCACCAUGCAAAUUGGUACCCACAACCACCCCGUUGGCCUAAUCAACAGGUUUUUGAUCCUAGCCGCUCGGUGCCAAACCUGCCACGCCGCAGUGAUGUUGAGAUUCUCUAUCCCAGUACCCGCCGGCCGCGCAGCAGUACACAUGGUGGCUUCAAUGGUCCGUUGAGCUGUAUCAUGGAGUCUAGUUCGAUUCCGCAGGUCUCUAUCGACGAUAACAAGUUCGGUUCUGUGGCUUCGGAGGCCAAGCGCAAUGUGCUCGAUCAAACGACUUAUCGCGGUGCGAAUCGAACUAGUCUUGGCUUUUACUGA